AUGCCGUGUCCACAGCCAGACGAUCCGACUCCAUCGGUUGCUGCGGCGGCGACUGCGGCUCAUCCGACCGAGGUCACCACCUGCGUUCGAUGCAAAACCAACGCCGCCAUUGCCAUCUUCCGAGACUCGAUCUACUGCCAAGAGUGCGCACUUGCCGUCUUCUUCCAAAAGGCGAAAGCGGGUCUCGAAUACGCUCGCGGUGCUGGUCUGGCGAAAUACGUCGCUGCGGUCAAGGCCAACUCGGCAGCGCGGACUGUAGCUGGAUCGAGUCAGGCUUCUACAUCGUCGAUCUCUGCGUCCCCCGCAGCCGCAACCAACGGAGCUGGAAGCAGAAAGGUUGCAAAGCAGAUCAACAACGGAUACGGCAAUUCUGAAGUCGAUGUGUCUGCCAAUAUCGCUGUUGCCUUUUCAGGUGGACCGAGCUCCAGAGCUCUCCUGCGCACCGCCACGCAGUACUUUCGUCCAGAAACUGCCUUCGUCAACCGUGAUGCACGCAGAAGGAAGGCCCGCGGCGAAAAGACAGGAACACCAUCAACAGCAGCAAAGCACACAAUGCAUCGGACAGCAGGCAAAGGUCGCGAUCCUGGCAACUCGGCUGGGCGAUUCAAUGAAGUGGGCAAGAUCUACGUCUUUUACAUCGACGAUAGCGCCAUCAUUCCCAACGGCGAGGGAGUAGAUCGAACAGAAGCAGCGCGCAAGAUGGUCGAGGAUGAAGCAUGCCCCGACUUGCAUUUUGUCGGUCUCAAGCUUGAGGACGUCUUCCGAUCCUCUAGUAUUGACGAAGACGCAUUUGAAGGCGUCCCUUGGAAGCUGCAAGAUGUUGACAGCCAGCACAUCUCUUCGACAGCAUCAUCAGUCUCGGACCCCACUGAAGCGAUCAAGGACUUGUUUGCAUCAUUACAUCCAACGAACACCCCACGCACGGGCGCCUCCUCAGCCAGAACACGAAUCGAAGACCUUCACCGCCUCCUCAUCUCUGCUUUGCUCCGUCGCACGGCCAGGCAGUACGAUUGUGCGGCGCUCCUCCUUGGCGACACCGCAACUCGAAUUUCAAUCCGCCUCAUCGAGGAUCUUGCCAAAGGAGCAGGGCACAAGCUGCCUGUCCAAGGCAGUGACGCUGUGUGGAUCGAUGACCUCCUCGUCGUUCGCCCAUUCAAGACACAUCUGAUGCAAGAUGUUCUUUUCUACAUCUCGGCGCUGGGACUCGAACAGCUUCAGCCGGAACAACAUGUCGUUCCGCCAACUGUCUCCACUGCAGACGUGCUGUCGAACACGAAUUCAAACAUACCUGCUAUGGACAAGAGCUCUAUCGCCAGGUUGACCGAGACGUUUAUCCUUAACCUCGAAAAGGGCGUGCCGAGCACCGUCACGACCAUUGGAAAGACGGGAAGCAAGCUGGUCCUGAACGCCCCCGCCGUAGAAGCAAAUGGCGAGACCAGCGUGUCUGCGUCUGCAUCCCACUCUACGAGCGCGUUUCAGCAUGUGGGUCCCAGUGUUUCGCUUCGCUCCCGCACUGGCGUGUCGGAAGAGAUGGCCGGCAUGACUUUCGCAGAUGCUAGCGAACCAAGAAUCGGUUCGAGAGGUAUGAGGCUCGCUCAGGCGAGUGCCAGCUGCUUCCGCUGGAACACCAUUACUGGAUGCGCAUUAUGCGGCAUGCCAAGUCAACAUCCCAAAGCACGGCACUGGAAGAGAGACAUCACCAUCUCGAGUCUUGCCGAGACUGCGCCUAGUCAGCAAAUCACUUCGACAAGAGCCGGUGAUGCGAACGGAGAGGGCGAGUGGAUCGAGCUGUCGGACCAUCUCUGCUAUGCCUGUUUGCUCGUCCUUGCCCCGCCGAUCGCGGUUGGUGGCGAGCAAGAGAAUGCGGUCAAGUCGUUGCUCCCCGCAUACGUGUUGCGACACGUUCGACGUUCGAACGCCGAGAAGGGUAGCGAAGGGCUAGAUGCCGUUGGUCUGAACAACGCAGCAGGUGGCAAGGCAGAGGACGAGGAUACCGCGCAGACCGGACAGCAUGGUAACUGUGGAAGCCACAAUCCGACACCACAGCCGCUCAAACGGUCCGAGAUCAAAGCUCAAAUCAACGAGUUCCUUCUCGAUGAAGCGUGA